AUGGCAGGUUGCGACCGUUGGCGUUUUGCUCGUAGUCGCUCAAGUGGCAACGUUCUAUAUGCAUCGUAUGGUGAUAAAUCUAAAGGUGUUCGAGACGGAAAGCUAUGGGAUUAUACAUGUACCAAGUUUCGAAGUGUGAUGUUAUUCAUGUUCAGCCUGGAAAUUAUGUCCACGACCACUCGCAUACUUGGCGUUGUUGAAUCCCGUAUUGAGGAGCUGAAGAGAGCGAUCCCCUGCAAGGCCAGCGACUUCCUGGAGCAGGCCCACGCCCCUUGCGCGGAGCUGGUGCAGGACACCGGGCCCAAGCUUGCAGCCCUGGGCUUCCCUCUUCUGUAUUUCGCGAUGCAGAUGAUGAUCCGUGGCAUUUGGCUUUACGAGCACGUGAGAACCAUGGCGAUCAACGCUCAUGCAUUGAGAAUGGUGAGCAAUUGGGCCAACGCAGCCGUGUACUGUUUCGAGAUUGCUGUUCUAGUCUUUCUCGUCGCGGUGGCGCCAUUUCGCCUCUCAACUGCCUUGGACGACUUGACCGAGCGUCUCAUGGAAACACGCUGCAGUAGUCCUGAACUCCACGGUCAGAUACAAGCGGUUGAAUCUAUGCUGAGGGACGCAAACCAAGGCCAGGGAUGGGGAAUCGCAAUUCGCCGGGGUAUUGUCUUGAAUAAGGCUUUCAUACAAGCUGCCUGUAUCAGGUUAGCGCUGCUGGCGACCGGUGCUGUCGCGUUCAUUGACUCGCAGCUAGGCUUAGAGCAGGUCGUGGACAAGGAGAUCACCAUGGAGGCGGACAUCCACAAAGAACUGGCCAAUAUCAGGCACAUGUUGAGCAACGUCACGAUGCCUGUCCAUGAGCACAAGUGA